CGAGUUUUAGAAAUCCAGAGGCUAAGCCGCUGGUUUUAGGUGGUCAAAAUAGAUGCAGCCCACAGUAAGUAGGAUAGAGUUUCCAUCUAGGACCCCUUCCUUGUUGGUGACCCCAAGUCCACAUGACACUAUAUAUACUAGGCGCACAUAGAAUUCCAAUGUAACAGUAAAAAGCAAGAAGAUAGGUUGGUGAUCAUCUCAUUCUCAUUUGAGCAACAAAGCUAGACAAGGAAGGAGAUCUUUAUUUCUGAUGGGGCGUUGGGUUAAGCCUGAGGUGUACCCUCUAAUGGCUGCGAUGACAUUUGUGACAAGCUUGUGCGCAUUUCAGCUUACAAGGAACGUGUUCCUCAACCCAGAUGUCAGAAUCGACAAAGCUAGGCGUGGAAUGGGAGUGCUGGAAAACAAGGAAGAGGGAGAGAAGUAUGCAGAGCAUGGGCUGCGCAGGUUCCUCCGCACCCGCCGGCCUGAGAUCAUGCCUACCAUCAACAAAUUCUUCUCUCAAGACGAAUGAUAUAUCUAUAAUCUAUUCUAUUCUGUAUGAUUACUUGUGAAAAGUUUACUUACUUGGGUUGGGAUUUGUAACGUUAUGGGUUCUUUUGUUUUAAUUUGUUUUGGUGAUAUUCUGUAGUUAUGUUUAUCAAUUAUACUUUAAAGUUAAUUCUUA